CCUAAUUAAUUCCCCGACUGAGGUGAUCUGAUAUGUCAAUAAAGUCGGCACCAAUGACAACUUUACACGUGUUGCUCUAACUGACGCCCCACGGCAAUAGUCUUGUGUUUACUUGGUUGUCGUAUGAUCUCCAAUAUUUUAACAAUAUGCCAUUCGCCUUGCGUUCCAGACUUUUGGGGCAGUUUAGUAGGGCUCUGAUCACUGGAGUGCCUAAUCACAACCUGAUGAUCGGGUGCAUGCAUCUCGUACAAGAAGGGAAUAGAUCAAUGGUUGAUCGAAACCUAGCACAACACAGCUUUGGCCCUUUCUGCCUGUCGUUGAGUAUUGAUACGUAGUUAAUAGUUCUCUCCCGCCAACUUUCAAUAAACUCG